AUGGAUGGAAUUGAGGAUUUCAUAGUUGAGGAUAUUUGGCAGUACAUGAUUUAAGAAAAGUAUGAAGUUAAAGGUGCAGAUGUAUUCAAAUAAAAUUUCAUUGAUGACUUUAGAGAUGAAGUGUUAAAGUGCCACUCAGAGGGAAAAACACCAAAGGAUUCAGUUUCAUUAUUACAAAAAAAAUUUGAUGGAUUGGAUUUGCUUAUAGCAUGGUAUGAUUGGCAUUCGUAAACAGACUAAGGUAUUCAACUCAUUUAAAAAGAUGAAUCGUUAAAAAAUAAGCAAAACCAAUAGAAAGAGGAAGAAAAAUUAUUAAAAAAUUCUCAACACCUUGCUUAAUAAAGUGAUGAUGAUUCAAGUAAUGAAGAUUCGCAUGAUAUUUCAGAAUAAAAUUAUGACGAAAUCAAAAAAUUAAAAGUUGAGUAGAUAUAUGCUUUUGAUCUAUAAGAAAUAAUGGGAUAUGAUAGCAAUAAAAAAAUCAAUGGCCCUAAUGAUGAAGAAGAGAAAUAAAAAAGCGACCACUUCUAAAUUUAUACAGAAGAAUCUUAGUUAUUGAUGGAGAUUUUCGAUAUGCAAAAUGGCUUUUUACUUGAUGUCCCAAUCUUAAUUCAAAUAAUUAAGACAAUCCAGAGAUAGCCUGUAGUUGAUAUAGAAAUAUUAGGUCCUCGCUAGUGGUCUUACUAUAUAAAUGAUAAAAUUGAAGUAGUUCAUUAGAUUGAUCAGGAAAAGCAUAAAUAAUUUCUAAAAAAUGUCGAUGAUAUUUAUGAUGACUGCUAGAAAUUGAAGAAAAGCUAAUCAAAAUGGGUUUAAUUAUAAAAAAAGUCUCAAUUAUUUGGUUGUGAGCUAAAUAAAUUUCCAUUUGCUGUUGAUUAUGGUAAUAAAAAUGUUUAUUCCUAUGAAUUUACUUAGAAAAAACAGAUAUUUAAUUGGCAUGUUUUUGAUACUUUUAAGUUCCCUGAAAAUCCUAAUGAUCCAAAAUUCUAAAACAUUAAUGAUUUUACAUGUACUGAAAUCUUAGAUAGAGAUAGCCUUGAAUUCAAUGAAUUUCAAAAAAUGCUAGUGAAGCAUCCCUUUAUGGAUGGGCUAAGCUUAGUUAAACAUUUGUUUCAUGGAACAAGUCAUACUGAUCCUGUUAACAUAUACUCAUUUGAGCAUGGUCUAGAUAUGAGAUAUAGUAAUGAUGGUGCCAAUGGCAUAGGUCUAUAUUUUGCAGAUAAUUCGAAUUAUUCUUUGUAAUACGCCUAUCUUGUUGAUAACAGACAAAGGUAGAUGUUUAUGUGUACUGUAAUUACAGGUUUAUCUUCAAACUAGGGAGGUGGGAGAGGUGCUAGAAUGCCUGCACCAAUACCAGGGAAGAAAGGAGUACUUUUUGAUUCUUUUAAUAAUGGAAACAAAGGACAUUUUGUUAUUUAUGACAAUCAGAAAUCAUAUCCAGGCUAUUUGAUUACUUAUAAAUGA